UUUUUUCACCUCUCCCUCAUUUCAUUUCAUUCCCUGAGCCUUUGAGUAUUCAUCAAGAAGAGAGAGUUUAAGAUCUACGUUUGUUAAACAAAUCAAAAUGAAAACCUGCGAGCUUUGCAAAUCUGCAGCCAAGAUCUACUGCGACUCAGACCAGGCUAGCUUAUGCUGGACCUGCGACAAUAAAGUCCAUUCUGCAAACUUCCUUGUAGCAAGGCACUCCAGAAGCCUUCUGUGUCGCAAGUGUCAGUCUACGACACCGUGGACGGCCUCGGGCGAAAAACUCGGGCCGUCCGCGGUGUCGAUUUGUGAAAAGUGUGUUGUUGACGCUACUGCAUACAAAGAAGAAGAUGAUGAAUAUGAGGUGGAUGAAGAUAGUGAAAAUGAGAUAGAUGUUGAUGAUGAAGAAGAAGAUAGUGAUAAUCAGGUGGUGCCGUUGAGUUUUACCCCACCUCCGCCUGCAAGUUCUUCCAGCUGUUGUGAUUAUUCUGGUGGUGGUGAUAGUGUUUUGGUGAAGCGAAAGCGUGAGAAUGUACCAGAUCUGUCCUCUGAGGAUGACUGUUUAUCUGUGCAAAGAAACCAUCGUGUGGUGUCUGUGGAGUCAUCUGAAGCAAUUGAAGGUAAUCGAGGGACAUUAUAUCAUUUUCUUCCUUUAAGUUCUGAGGCGAUGGGCGAGAAAACGAAGAUGAUGUCAAGCGAGAACAAGAACAAGACUGAAUCGGUUGUUGGCGGAUGUAAAGGAACAAGAGUUGUGGUAGACUUAAACUCGGAUUGUUAGUAGUUGUAGAUGGAAAGAAAAGGAGGAAUGUUGUCUUAAUUAACAUAACAAUACCAGAAUAUUAGAUGGACAUAACCAUGGUUUUAUUAGAGUUAUCGGUAGGGAUUUGAUGAAAGAAAACAAAUAUCUUGAUUAUGAUUUAUCAUCUGUAUUUUUUUUAUUGGAAUUUGUUAGUAGUGAUGUUUGGUUUGUCGCU